UUCCACGUUUCUCAAUGAAACAACCUUCAACAUCAUCCUUUAUAUACAUUCUCAAUCUCUUCCACUAUCUCAGGUAAAAACAAAACAAAACACAAAAAUGGCAAUCUCAGAGGCAUCGAAAUCGAGCCACGAGCUCCCAGUAACAACAGCCGAAUCCAGCGGGAAGAAAGCAACCGCAAAGAAACUGACUUUAAUCCCUUUGGUUUUCCUUAUUUACUUUGAGGUCGCUGGUGGUCCAUUUGGUGAAGAACCGGCGGUUCAAGCGGCUGGACCGCUUUUAGCGAUUCUCGGUUUCCUUAUCUUCCCUUUCAUUUGGAGUAUCCCUGAAGCCCUAAUCACUGCAGAGCUCUCCACUGCGUUUCCAGGCAACGGAGGGUUUGUGAUAUGGGCGCAUCGAGCAUUUGGCUCUUUCGUGGGCUCAAUGAUGGGUUCGUUGAAGUUCCUUAGUGGGGUGAUUAACGUUGCUUCGUUUCCUGUUCUCUGUGUCACUUACUUGGAUAAGCUCUUCCCUGUUCUUGAAUCCGGAUGGCCUCGAAAUGUCUGCAUAUUCGCCUCGACGGUGGUCUUGUCUUUCUUAAACUAUACUGGCUUAGCCAUUGUAGGUUACGCAGCUGUUGUGCUCGGUCUGGUGUCUCUCUCGCCUUUCCUUGUCAUGUCGGCUAUGGCUAUCCCUAAGAUCAAACCUCACCGUUGGGGUAGUUUAGGAACCAAGAAAAAGGAUUGGAAUCUCUACUUCAACACACUCUUCUGGAACUUGAAUUUCUGGGACAAUGUCAGUACUCUUGCAGGGGAAGUGGACGAGCCUCAAAAGACGUUCCCUUUGGCGCUUCUUAUCGCUGUGAUCUUCACUUGUGUAGCUUACUUGAUUCCUCUUUUCGCUGUCACGGGUGCGGUCUCGGUAGAUCAGAGCAGAUGGGAAAACGGGUUUCACGCAGAAGCAGCUGAGAUGAUUGCAGGGAAAUGGUUGAAAAUAUGGAUUGAGAUUGGUGCUGUCUUAUCGAGCAUUGGACUUUUCGAAGCUCAGUUAAGCAGUAGUGCUUAUCAGCUGGAGGGGAUGGCGGAAUUAGGGUUCUUGCCUAAAUUCUUUGGGGUACGGUCGAAAUGGUUCAACACUCCUUGGGUCGGGAUUCUAAUCUCAGCUCUCAUGUCGCUCGGGUUAUCGUACAUGAACUUCACAGACAUCAUAUCCUCGGCGAAUUUCUUGUACACUCUAGGGAUGUUUCUAGAGUUUGCAUCUUUCAUUUGGUUAAGAAGAAAACUACCUCAGCUAAAGAGACCUUACCGAGUUCCGCUGAAAAUACCGGGGCUGGUGGUUAUGUGCUUGAUACCUUCGGCGUUUCUAGUGCUGAUUUUAGUGUUUGCUACUAAGAUUGUGUACCUUAUUUGCGGUGUAAUGACCAUAGGAGCAAUCGGUUGGUACUUCUUGAUCAACUACUUCAGAAAGACGAAGAUCUUCGAAUUCAACGAAGUUAUCGAUGAUCUUGACAACAAUGUCAACGGAGAACAUCCCAAAGUCGAUGAUCACAAUUCAUGAUAAGAGUUAAACAGAGGAUCUUACCAAAACAGAGGAUAUUAUCAACCUGAGACAGGUUUUUCAAUUCAAUGUAAGUUCCUUGCUUCUGUAACAUUUUAGUCUGAUAAAAGAGAAACUGUAUUGAUCAAUGAUAGCAAUUUAUACAACACAAUUCUGAAC